CGCAAGAAUAGCAUUCAAUCUGGAAAUUCUAUAACGGCACACAGUUUAUUAUUUACACCGUUAGUACAAAUGACUUUCGCUUGUCUUUGAGGGCAGAUGUAAUCUAGCAGUUUGAAAAUGGUUGUUUCAGCUCUGCUUCGCCAGUCCUUACAUUUUGAAAGACCAUUGUUGAAUCUUGUAAAAUCUGCUCAGUGUUUUCUCUUUCAAAAAAAUGAAUUCCAUAGUAAUCAGACUGCUUUUGGUGUCCAGAAAUUCAUUAAUGCUGGCAUUGACGUCACCAAAUAUACCAUGAAACCAAUUCCACUCUCCAAGUCUGGUGGUAGAGGACAUGAUGGUCGCAUUCAGACUCAUGGUAUUGGUGGUGGACACAGAAAGAACUACAGGAUGGUUGACUUCAAAAAAGAUGGACCAAGGGAAGGUCCACCUCUAGUUGAAGUAGUCAAGUGUGUACGCUAUGAUCCAUGUCGCACUGCUGACAUAGCAGUGGUAGCCACCGGUGUAAAUAAGCGCUACAUCUUAGCUAGUCAAAACAUGAAAGCAGGAGAUCUGAUUAAAACAUCGAGGCAUAUCCCUCGCAUGGCAGUGAAAGCAAAUGAAGGUGAUUCCUAUCCUCUUGGGGCUCUACCCAUUGGUACUUUGGUCCACAAUGUUGAAAUUUACACUGAUAACUAUGGUAAAAUGGCACGAGCUGCAGGAACUUGUGCUCAACUGGUUCGUAAAGUUGGAAAUCAGUGUGUUGUUCGACUUCCAUCAAAACGAGAAAUCUGUGUAUCUAAACAUUGUAUGGCUACAGUUGGACGAGUUUCUAAUGUUGAACACAACAAGGAGCACAUAGGUUCAGCACAAAGAUCACGUUGGCUGGGAAUUCGACCACAGAGUGGACUUUGGCAUCGUAAGACUGGUUAUAAUGGUCGGAAAAUUAGACCAGUUCCUCCUUUAAAAACCUACUCAAAGUCCAAACCAGCGAAACCAGCUAUGCACGUGUUUUCUUUUUAAAACAGCAAUAAAUUUUUCUAAUGGUUA